CGCGGGGUUCCCCUCCCAAACCAUGGUUCCGGUCCCGGAAUUCCCGAAACCCGGUCGGGACCGCGGGGACCCGGCUUCGGAGGGUCGGGGGGAGCCGGGCGGCCGGCAGCCCUCGUCCUCCGCGACCUCCUCGCGGUGGCUGGCCGCGAGCCCGGGGGCGGGCGGUUCGCCGCUGGGCCUGGCGGGGUGGGGCAGGAUGGCGGCGUCCGCGUGGCUGGAGGCCGGCCUGGCCCGGGUGCUCUUCUACCCGACGCUGCUCUACACCGUGUUCCGCGGGAGGGUGCGCGGUCGGGCGCACCGGGACUGGUACCACCGCAUCGACACCACGGUGCUGCUGGGCGCGCUGCCGCUGCGGAGCAUGACGCGCCGGCUGGUACUGGACGAGAACGUACGCGGGGUGAUCACCAUGAACGAGGAGUACGAGACUAGAUUCCUGUGCAACACCGCCAAGGAAUGGAAGAAAGCAGGAGUUGAACAGCUACGGCUUAGCACCGUCGACAUGACUGGGGUUCCUACCUUGACCAACCUCCACAGAGGAGUCCAGUUUGCUCUGAAGUAUCAGUCACUGGGCCAGUGUGUCUACGUGCAUUGUAAGGCUGGCCGAUCCAGAAGUGCCACGAUGGUGGCAGCCUAUCUGAUUCAGGUGCACAACUGGAGCCCAGAAGAGGCUAUAGAAGCUAUCGCCAGAAUCCGGCCACACAUUUCCAUCAGGCCCAACCAGUUGGAAGUUCUCAAAGAGUUCCACAAGGAGAUCGCUGCAAGGGCAGCGAAGAACUAACUGCUGACAUCUCUCACGCUGAUAUAUUAGGAAUAUGAAAUCUGUGGAUGACAAAGAACUUGGCUCUCCCUGAGCUACAGUAGAAAGUUUAAAGGACAAAGGGCUUAGGCCAGGACAAUACUGCAAAUGUGCUGAGUAGUAAUGUGCCUCCUUUGCCUUCCUUCCUGAAGUAACACUUGGAUGGCUGCAGAGAGCAAGAUUGUCUGGCUAAAUGUUACUUUCUUCAACAGGGUCAAGGAAAUAUUAAUUUUAACAGAAAUCUACUGUGUAUCUAAUAUUUUGUAUAACGGUACCAUAACUCAAAGACAUUUAAUGCUAGAAAAGGAAAGAAAUACUUAGAUCUAUUGUUACUGUCAUUCAAUUGUAUGACUUGGCAAAAUGCUUGCCCAGCAUGUGUAAGUCCCUGAAGUUGGUCCCUAGCACUUCCAAAAAUAAAAAUAAAAACAAUCCCUGUGGGACUCCUCACA